AUGGUUGGGAUACCAUCCCUGUUGAGGGUUCCAAGUAUAUUAGCUCGUCUGCAGCUACGGACAACAACGUCAGAUAUGGUGUGCAACCUAGGGUUUUGGAGGUGUAAACAGAUCGAGCUUCAUUAUAGAAGAAUAAAGUGCUUAUGGUGUGGCAUGGAAGCUCAUCACGUUAGAAAUGGUAAAUCGUCUGGUAAUUUACCUACCCGCAAUAGCACUGCCACACUAGGGGUGUAUACAAAUAGAGCUUCAUCAUAUAGAAAUAAAGUGCUUAUGGUGUGGCGCAGAAGCUCACAAGGCAAGUUAGAAAAGGUAAAUCGUCUGGUGUAUACAGAUAGAGCUUCAAUUAGAAAUAAAGUGCUUACGGUUAGAAAGGGUAAAUCGUUUGGUGUAUAUACAGAUAGAGCUUCACCGUAUGGAAAUAAAGUGCUUAUGGUGUGGCGCAGAAGCUCAUCAGGCAAGUUGACUUUAUUACAUAAAGCUAUUCUUAUAUCUCACCAUUUAGAAUCCUUGUUUUUGAAAGUCAUGAUGUGUCACCUGGUUAGAAAGGGUAAAUCGUCUGGUAAUUUACCUCCCCGUCAUAGCACUGCCACAAUAGGAGUGUUCUGGGGUCAUGAACUGAAUGACACUACAGAACUCCUAUUCACAGAUGAAGAGGACAGAUGA